CCUCGUUUCCCCAUCAAUUGAACUCUCCACUCUGAUUACACCCCGGAAUCAUCAUGCCGUCCCCCCCUCCCGACUGGGUCAAGGCUUUGACCCCCGCAAACCCCCAGGGCUCGCAAUUGCUCGACCAGGAGCGCGCCCAGUCCAACGUCGCGGUUGACCGGCUUGCCGAGUUACUUCACACAAAGGAAGCCCUCGACCGCCAGCAGCACCUCCUCUCCAUCCUCCAGGCCGAGAAGAUCUUCGAUAAAUCACAAAACCACACACAGGGCCGGACGGAGCGCAUCCAGAGUUCCCUGGCCAAGGGGAAGCGGCUGCAGCAGUUGUCGGUUCAGCACAAGUGGUCGCAGGAGGAGUACCAUGCCGCGAACGAACUGCUGGGAGAGCCUACUCCCUAUGGUCUGCAUGCCUCGAUGUUUUUGGUCACCUUGCGGGAACAAGGAACCCCCGAACAGCAUAAACUCUUCCUCGAGCCGGCGCAAAAUUAUCAGAUACUGGGGUGCUAUGCGCAGACGGAACUGGGGCACGGGUCGAACGUGCGCGGACUGGAGACCACUGCCACCUGGAACCCGGAUGAUAAGACCUUCACCAUCCACUCUCCCACCCUAACCGCCUCCAAGUGGUGGAUCGGUUCGUUGGGGCGCACUGCCAACCAUGCGGUCGUGAUGGCGCAGCUUUACAUCAAGGGCAAGAACUACGGUCCCCAUCCGUUCCUCGUUCAGAUCCGCGAUAUGAGCUCUCACGAGCCGCUGGAGAAUGUCUACGUUGGGGAUAUUGGGCCCAAGUUUGGCUACAACACCAUGGACAACGGUUUCCUUCUCUUCAACCAAGUCAAGAUUCCCCACAUCAACAUGCUGGCUCGUUUCUCGCGCAUCGACAAAGAUACCAACGAGUACAUGCGCCCGGCCUCGCCUUCCCUCGUUUACGGUACCUUGACGUGGGUGCGGUCUAACAUUGUCCUUUCAGCGGGUGGUGUCUUGGCUCGUGGUGUGACUAUUGCCACCCGCUAUUGCGCUGUGCGGAAGCAGUUCCAGGACCGUGAUGCUACUGGAAAUGUGGGCGAGAACCAGGUCCUGAACUACAAGAUGGUUCAGGUCCGCCUGCUGCCGCUGCUUGCGUCGAUGUAUGCUUUGCACUUCACCGGCCGGGGCAUGAUGCGGCUUUACCAGGAGAACCAGGACCGCAUGAAGGCUGCCGCGCAGGCGGCACAGGAGAAGCGGGGCGCUGGGCCCGAGGAGCUCAGGGCUGGUGCUGACUUGCUGGCGGAUCUUCACGCCACCUCCUGCGGCCUGAAGGCGCUGGCGAGUACGACUGCUGGUGAAGGUCUCGAGAUCUGUCGCCGUGCCUGCGGUGGUCACGGAUACAGCAGCUACAGCGGUAUUGGACCGUGGUACUCCGACUACCUCCCCACUCUCACCUGGGAAGGUGACAACUACAUGUUGACGCAGCAGGUCGCUAGAUAUCUCCUCAAAUCCGCUCGUGCCGUUCUUUCUGGCAAGGGCGCGAACAACGACACCUCUCGCAUCCUCCAGGCUUACCUGUCCCGCCGUGACAUCGGUGCCUCAUUCGACAUCCUCGGAAACGACAGUGACAUUGUUGACGCUUUUGCUUGGCGGACAGCUCACCUCACGUUUGAGGCGCUCAAGCACCGCGACGUGGAGAAGCGCUCCUGGAACAGCCUUCUGGUCGACUUCUGGCGCUUGUCCACCGCCCACUCGCAGUACCUGGUCGUGAAGAACUUCUACGAAGCGGUCACAUCGCCGCAACUGAAGUCUGCCUUGGACCCCGAGACCACUACCAUCAUGCAGAGCCUCUUCCGGCUGUAUGCCCUGCACACACUGGAGCGUGAGGCCUCGGAGUUCUUCUCAUCCAGCGCCGUGACCGUCCGCCAGAUCGGCCUGACCCAGAACACCGCCGUCAUGAAGCUCCUCGAUGAAAUCCGGCCCCAUGCCGUGCGCCUGGUUGACUCCUGGAAGAUUCCUGACUGGCAGCUGGACAGCAGCCUGGGCAAGUAUGACGGCGAAGUGUACCCGGAUCUGUUCCGCCGGGCCAGCCAGGAGAACCCGGUCAAUGACUUGGUGUUCGACCCGUACCCGUGGAACGCGGCUGUCCUCAAGAACAGCCCCCUGAAGAGCAAGCUCUAAUGUGUCAUGGUCUCAGCGUUUUCUUUUAGCAUCUACUUAGAUCUUGGGCUUCUUCAUCUCUGGCUAUGUUGGAAUAUAUAUGUAGACUAUCUAUAGACGAGAAUGGACUCGUAAAGCU